CCUUAGUCUAGCUCCUGGCAGACAAUGUUCACAUCAGGAAUGCUGUCAUUGCAGUGGCCACCCCAGUUGGCAGUCUGUGUGGAGAGGGAAAAGCCUGAAUAGACCAUGGAGAUUGGAUUCCCCUUUCAUCAGUACAGAUGCUCCCUCCUGAUCAGCUUGUUGGAGGAAGCUCUCGCAGCUGCCUACUAUCCACACGACCUGUGCAUAGACCAGGCUCGUCUCUCUCCAGAAUUGUCAGCUGGGCCCCCUUCCUCAGCCCUCAAAUAAACAGGAAAACGACCCAGUUGCAGGGUGUGGAGUACGGAAGUGAUUUCAAGCUCUUGCUGUCACUGAGCCUGAGGUCAAGGGAAAAAUUGGGAAAGUGUCUUGCCAGCACAUGGGAGGUGGUUUGCUGCCCCUCUCACACAACUGCUCGCAUUGCAAUAUCUGGUCUUGUGUUUUCUCAACAGAAUAGCGCAGUCAGAUGGCAAAGGUUGCUAAGUGUGUGAUUCCCUGUGUAUACCAUAGAACAGGGUAAGAUUAGAGAGGAAGUCUGAGGCAGAGAGAGUGAGAGUUUUACAGAGUUUUCCUCAUUCCACCCAUGGAGAGGAAGCAGCAGUCAGAGAAGGCAAAGCCAUCUGGCUGGCUAAAGCCAGUGGCCUUGAGGAAGCUCACAGGCAGAUACUUAGCCCACCAAGAGGAACUGCCGCGUCUGCCGGUGCCGCCUCUUCAGCAGACCCUAGAUCGCUACCUGCUGGCUCUGCGACCCAUCAUCAGCCUGGAGGAAUGGACCCACACCAAGGGGCUGGUGGAUGAGUUCCGGAAACCAGGUGGCGUUGGGGAAAGGCUUCAGAAGGGCCUGGAGAGGAGAGCCAGGAAAACUGAGAACUGGCUCUCUGACUGGUGGCUGAAGACGGCUUACCUCGAAUACCGCCUGCCAGUUGUGGUUCACUCCAGCCCUGGCGUGGUUUUACCUAAACAGGAUUUUGUGGAUCAGCAAGGCCAGCUCAGGUUUGCUGCCAAGCUGAUCGAGGGCAUCCUGGAUUUCAAGACCAUGAUUGACAAUGAGACCUUGCCAGUGGAAUACCUGGGUGGGAAACCUCUUUGCAUGAACCAAUACUACCAGAUCUUCUCAUCCUGUCGCAUCCCGGGCUCGAAGCACGACUCGGUUGUGAACUACGCCAAAGGAAAAAAGCCACCCUUGCACAUCACUGUGGUUCACAACUUCCAGUUCUUUGAGCUGGAUGUUUACAGCAGCGAUGGGAGCCCCCUCACCACGGAUCAGAUCUUCAUUCAGCUGGAGAAGAUCUGGAACACCUCCCUCCAAACAAACAAGGAGCCAAUUGGGAUCCUCACUACCAACCACCGAAACAGCUGGGCCAAGGCCUACAACCACCUCAUCAAAGACAAAACCAACAAGGAGUCAGUGCGUUCAAUCGAGAAGAGCAUUUUCACCGUCUGCCUGGAUUCACCCAUUCCCCGGGUGUCUGACGACAUCUACAAGAGCCGAAUGGCAGCUCAGAUGCUGCACGGUGGAGGGAGUCGCUGGAACAGUGGGAAUCGAUGGUUUGACAAAACCCUUCAGUUUAUCGUUGCUGAGGACGGCUCCUGUGGCCUGGUGUAUGAGCACGCUCCCUCGGAGGGCCCACCCAUCGUUGCCCUUCUGGAUCACAUCGUGGAGUACACGAAGAAACCAGAGCUGGUGAGAUCACCCAUGAUUCCUCUGCCAAUGCCCAAGAAGCUACGGUUUAACAUCACCCCAGAAAUCAAGAAUGACAUAGAGAAGGCGAAGCAGAACCUCAACAUAAUGGUGCAAGAUCUGGACAUCAAGGUGAUGGUUUUUCACCACUUUGGGAAAAACUUCCCCAAAUUGGAGAAGAUAAGUCCAGAUGCAUUUAUUCAGAUGGCCCUGCAGCUGGCUUAUUAUAGGAUGUAUGGCCAGGUCUGUGCUACAUAUGAGAGUGCCUCGCUGAGGAUGUUCCGCCUGGGUCGGACAGACACUAUCCGCUCUGCCUCCGUGGACUCUCUGAAGUUUGUGCAGGCAAUGGACAACCCUAGCAAGCAGAACCAGGAGAAGGUGGAACUGCUGAGGAGAGCUACGGAGGCACACAGAGCUUACACAGAUAUGGCAAUAAGGGGGAAUGCAAUAGACCGUCAUCUGCUAGGCAUGAAGCUUCAAGCCAUUGAGGAUCUAGUGAGCAUGCCGGAACUGUUCAUGGAUACAGCCUAUGCCGUUGCCAUGCACUUCAACCUCUCAACCAGCCAGGUCCCAGCAAAGACAGACUGUGUGAUGUGCUUUGGUCCAGUGGUUCCAGAUGGCUAUGGAGUCUGCUAUAACCCCAUGGAUGACCACAUCAACUUUGCAAUGUCGGCGUACAACAGCUGUGCCGAAACCAAUGCAGCCCGCCUGGCACAUUACCUGGAGAAGGCGCUACUGGACAUGCGUUUCCUGCUCCAAUCCAGUCCCAAAUCAAAAUUGUAAAAAAUGAACCUGCUUCACAGCUCCUAAGCUUUAGGAGCUCUCCCAUGUGCACAAGAAGCUCCCAGCUCUCCAAAAACUGGGCAACAGGAGAUGGGCUCCAUUAGGAAUCUAGAAGAGUACAUGGUACACAUCUCUCUGCAGAGAAGUUAAGGAGUGGUAAUCUCCAGCUAUCAGACUACAAGGUAAAAGGAACCAUUGCCUUAUUCCAAGCUAGAACUGACAGAGAUCCUUUCCCACAAUGUGCAAAGUGCACCUUUCUUCCCUUGAAGAGAUACUGGAGCAACAUCUUUUUGAUUGAAUUUACAGUGGAAAGAACAUAAAAAGUGCAUUCACCCCAUCCUUCACUCUUUAUCCACUAGGGGGAGUAUUCUCCUGGCUGAGUAGGUCUGAGGCCACUUUGAUCUUUCUGCUGUCUCGGGCUUUUUAGGGUUGGGAAUAUCUCUUUUGAGCUAUGCCAUGCCUCCUGAAGUGGUGUCAUCAGUGCCACUGAACUUUGGGGUGGGGGAUAAAUGCUGUAAAUUGGAAGAAAUCCAGUCCUGUUAGGAUGCAUUGUGAUGCUUUUCUAGAAGUGUCUUCCCAACAUAACCUUGCUGGGGGACUGGUUUUUGUGCACUUUCCACAGCUAGGAAUGUUCCCUUUCCCAUCCUUCUAACACCUGGGUCUUCCCUUUUUCUGCACUUUCUCCACUGUGAAACACCAUUGCUACAGUUGGACUCACUUCCCCUGCUCUGGCCUUUUUUUAUUUUAAGCAUAAAGUGAUGGAUUGCUGGCAGGUCUCCAUUUCAGAGCUUCAGGCUCUUCAAGUGGAGCCUCUCUGGCUUUCUUGUGUUGCUUCUACUAAAUUGAUGCAUUUUAAUUGAUUUUUUUUUUAAUGUCCAGGCUCUGCUGGCCUUGACUUUAUGCACUUAAAUAUUCUGUAGUGGGGAGGGAUGAUACAGACCUUGAUGUUGUUUGCAGAACCUGUUCUCUUCAUUCUGCUCCUUCUCUUUCAAAUGGAGACAAAAGGAUGGGAACCAUAUUGACCUUCGUUAUUUGCAAACUGAAAUAUCAUGCACUGGUUUCUAUGCUGCAUUUAUUUUAGUCUAAGGAGAAGGUGCUUAAGUAACUUAAUGAGCCCUUCUAAUCAAGUUUCCAAAAAUGCCUCUGGACUGCAUAGGUGAUGUAUGUUGGAAUUGAAGG